UGAGGUUGCCGUGUUAAGUUUUGGAUUUAGCCCAUAGACCCACAGCAUAAGAGAAAGAGGGGGAGGUACACCACCUGCCUGCUGCUUGCUGAGUGUACCUGCUAUAUAACCAUGCUGAAGGACAAGAAGACUAAAGUGAAGAUUACCUUCUUGGUCAUUGUUGUGGGCAUCUCAACCAUGCUUGCAGCUGUGGUGACAGAUCAUUGGGCAGUGCUAAGCCCUAGAGUAGAAAAACUUAACACCACCUGCGAGGCUGCCCACUUUGGACUUUGGAGGCUCUGCAAGAAAAUCAUUUUCAUUGUGGAGGAAGACCCUCAGGGCAAAGGCUGUGGCCCCAUCAGCCUACCUGGAGUCAAGAACUGCUCCUACUUCAAACACUUUACGUCAGGGGAGGAGGCCGAAGUUUUCGAAGUCAAGACUCAAAAAGAGUACAACAUCUCAGCUGCUGCCAUAGCCAUCUUCAGCCUGGCCUUCAUGACACUGGGCAGUCUGUGUCUCCUAGGUUCCUUUGGAAAGAGCGGAGACUACCUACUAAGACCGGCUGGCAUGUUCUUCGCCUUCGCAGGUCUCUGCAUAGUCAUUUCAGUGGAGGUCAUGAGACAAUCUGUCAAACGCAUGAUUGACAGCGAUGAAACCAUCUGGAUCGAGUACUACUACUCGUGGUCCUUUGAAUGCGCCUGCGCCGCCUUCGUCCUCUUGUUCCUCAGUGGGAUCAGCCUGCUGAUCAUCUCCAUGCCUCAUAUGCCACGGAACCCAUGGGAGACCUGCAUGGACGCUGAACCCGAGCCCAUAGACUAACAGAGCGCUAUGGCAAAUCAAAACAGGAUUUGGCUACACAGUAAGAAUUCAUGAUGAAGAAUUUAAGGCAUUGUUUAAAAAAAAAGUUUUAUAUUGACUUUUGUCAUCGUGUUCAUUAGAAGCAAAUGCAUUCAUGCUUAGAAGAUAUUAAGUCUGCUGUUUUAAACAAGAUAGAAAUUCAUCCAUAUGUGAUGCUUUUCAAUUCAUCUCAAGUAGGAUUUUGUAGUUUUGAAAUACUCAAAGGUUUGCUCUGCUCUAAAGUUUAAAAGUAUGUCUCAAGUAUUAUCAUUUUCCAUUACCCAUAUAGUAAAAUGUUUUACUAAAGGUUUAUAAUUUAGGGUACUUAAGGUUGGUCUAUAGUAUGAUACAAUAUCCUUUAUUAUAUAAUAAAGAGCAACAUUCAUAUACUGCAGAAUGAAGUCUAAAUAAUAAAACAAAUAAUACCUGCGAUUUGAGAUGUAGAAAGUCUGAAAAACUCACCAGAUGUUUACUGCAGCAAGAAAAUUGCCCCCAAACCAGAUAAAUUAGCAAAAAAACAAACAUAUACUAGCUGUGGAUAUAUGAUCAUUUACAGCCAAACUUACUUUCAGUAUUCUUUCAUGAAUUUUUCAUAUUCACUUAGAAGGCCACACCUUCUUACUGUUAACCUUUUGUCUGUGUAAGUGUAAUUACAGGCUGUAAUUGGUUCUAGCCCACACUUUAGAAACCCCUAUUUCAGAAUGUCUUUGUAUGUAGUAUUAAGAUUUCCUUACACUGGAACGAAUCCUUCCCAACCUGUUCCAGCGUUACAAUGUCCUUGUUCACAAAGUGAACUCCAAGAAGGUUGUUGCCAAAGAACAGCAACAAAACACACUGAACAUUUUUGAGUGAGCUGGAACGUGAGGCCCAACACCGACACCCUACCUCAUUAAUGCUCUUGUGAAUAACUGUGCAAAUCCCCACAGCCACAUACUAAAAUCUUUGGAAAAAUCUAUUCCAAAAAAGUAGAGAAAUAUAAACCUAAAAACUGAAAAUUACAUCUUCAAUGGAAUUUUUAACAUGCACAUGGGACUGGUCUUGGUGUCCACAUAAAGCACAUUUUACCAUGCAGUCAGUCUGACUACACAUGUCUAAAAGCUUGCUAGAUUAUUCUGAUUUCCUGUUACAAUUACUGUCCUGCUUUGAAAAGCAAAUUGUCCUCUGAAAGUAUGAAGCAGACAAGUAAUUUAGUUGGCAGGAUUCACUCGGCCCAGUAAAGAUACGAUGAGGUGUAUAAAUGACCUCAGGUGCUUAAACAAAGUAAUGUGGCUGAUGCUGAUAAAGUGAGAACUAAUUUCCACUUUCUACAUACAGU